AUGAAACCCUGCGAGGUGGAUAUGCGCAUCCUCGCGUCUCUUCUCGAGCCAGCAUUAGCAACAACAGCGGCGUCACCAGCCACGUCGCCCACUGCAACACUGCAGGAAUCGCCAGCCACGUUGCCAGACACAGGAGGAGAGCCAGCAGAAGCCACAAGAGAAGAGGCGUCUCCACCUGCGUCACCAUCCGCAGUACCAGUUGAACGACCAGCUGCACCACAAGUGGUUGCACCACCCGCGUCCCCAGCCACAGCAGGAGUGGCCAAGGAGGCAACAACACAACUGGAGUCUCCAGCCGUAUUGCUAUCCACAACACAACUUGAACCAGCAGCUGCUACAUACAUGGCAUCUCCCGCCACGUCCCCAUCUACAACACAUGUCUCAGCGGGCAUGACAGAAGUGACGUCGGCACCUACAAUUGAAGUGGCGUUGCCACCCACAACGAGAGCAAUUCUUCGAGCCUCAUCGCCAGGCAAACCAGAAGUUACGUCACCAGCAGCCUAUCUAACCGCAAAACGUGUAGCCUCAUUACCUUUGGAUCAGUUGGUGUCCAAAGCAUCGCCGUCAGCCUCCACACAAAUAUCACCUGCCAUCCCCAUUGCCUGCUACAGCAUGCAUCCUAUCACCAGUCCUGUUGCCAGAUACAACACCCAUCAAGGCACCAAUCCUGUUGCCAGAUACAGCACACGCUGUGUCACCAGUCCUGCUGCUGGAUACAACACACAUCCUGGUACCAGUCUUGCUGCCCGAUUCAGCACACGCAGUUUCACCAGUCCUGCUGCCAGAUUCAGCACACGCUGUGCCACCAGUCCUGCUGCCAGUUACAACAUGAUUCGCGUCACAAGAUUCUGA